UUGAUAGGUAAUGCAUCAUCUGCACAAAAAAUACAUUUUUUAAGCUAAGUGAUGAAUGUAAAUCCGGGCGAGCGCAUUGAUUUAAUUAAAGUGGUGCCCUCUUAACUGUCCUUUAUUUGAAUUUAUCAACAAAUCUUUUCCCGCGUCACCCUCUCUAGCAGCGUAAAUAAUGAAUUAUACCUCUGUAGGCGGAUGAGAAAACGUGACUGAAAAUCAAUGAGGUUAAUACUUUUUCGACAAUGGCGAAAAAAAUGAGGCGUAGAAUUCUUAAAUGAGCCCUCCGGUUAAUUAGAUGUUUUCGAGUUUUUUUCCAGGGAGAGUAAAAAAAGCCCAAACCUAACGGCUAAUUAGAUGUUUUGAAUUCUUUCUACUUCCUUCAUUUCUUUCCAAGGAGAGGAGAAAAAGAGGUCUGGUUCACCAACGCAUUGGCAGGGGCAGCCACGCAUCUAUUUUAAGGUGUAAUGUUGCAUAUAGGGUGUAUCCUCCUGUCAGCUUUUAAGGAUUCAGCUACAUAGCAUCAUGGAAGAUGACAAACAACAAAUUCCAAGUUUAAGAGUUUCAAGACUAAGGCAAUCAUAUACAUUUGCAACACAUUCACUCUUGAAAGCCUGUUCCAAGGAGGAUUUCCUGAAGAUUGUCUCAUCAUUCAAACAGUCCUAUCAAGAAACGCUUUACCAGCUUUAUUUGAAGAUAAUUGCUUCCGUGCAUGAGAAUAUACAGGAUGAAUUUGAAUCUUUCUGCCAAGAAACUCAGGUAAUGGCUGCACUGGGAACUAUCGAGCAGCUGAUUGAAAACAAAAAGUUUGAUGUUCUACGUGAAGAUAAGAGAGUUGAUCAAUUAUCUGUUGCUGUGGAAUACAGUACUUCGGUUAAUGAUGUGAAACAAGAGAUUGCCAAGAGAAAACUCAGUGAGAUACAUUACUUGGAAAAUAUGUUAGAGAAGGUGCAGGAACAAAAUGAGAAGGACGAAAAAAAUUUAGAAGUAUUGCGGAAGUCGGGAUAUGAUCCACCCAACGCCAAUAGUGCAGUUUCCAAGUUGAAAGAAUACAAUGGAGCUCUUCAACAAGAAUCUCAGAGAAUGAAAUCAUUAUAAUGUAGUGCAUUCCCAUAAUGUCUUGCAUGUUGAGGGUCUUCUUUGCAGUCUGAAACAUAAUAUUUUGGCUGAGUAAUUAAUGGUGGAGGCUUUUUUGUUUUUCCACCUUGUUUCUUUUUUGAUACUGGAUCUUUUUGGUGAGAACGGGAUCCCUAAAAGAAGCAUGGAGGAAUUAAUAUAUUAUAAUUUGUUGAUUAUGUAGAAACAAUGGGCAAGGUCUGGAGAUUUGUGAAAAGAAAUAUGUAAAAGAUGUUUAUAAAAGGCUUGAUGUAAUAGCAUCACUUGAGCUAGUAGAACUGUAAUUUAUUUGUAAAUAUGUAUAAUAAGUAGGAGAUUAAAUUUAUUUUCUUAAUUAAAAAACAAAAAUAUGGAUUUGUACACCAUUGAAUCGAGGUGAAUAAAUUGCAAUGUCCUAUGAGGUCAUAAUGGGAAUUAAUGGUACAGUUAGAAAAAAAAAUCAAAAGUAGGGAAAGUAUAGACAAUUAUUGAAA